AUGUCGUCCGGGCUCACGUUCACCCUAAGCAAUGGCGUCAAAAUCCCCGGUGUCGGAUUCGGUACUUUUGCCAACGAGGGUGCCAAGGGGGAAACGUACAAGGCAGUCAUGCAUGCUCUGAAAACGGGUUACCGACACCUCGAUUGCGCCUGGUUCUAUCUGAACGAGGACGAGGUCGGAGAUGCCCUGAAGGACUUUCUGAAGGAGACGCCCUCUGUCAAGCGUGAGGAUAUCUUUGUCUGCACCAAGGUCUGGAACCACCUGCAUCGCUACGAAGACGUGCUGUGGUCAAUCGAGAGCUCUCUGAAGAAGCUCCAGCUCGACUAUAUAGAUCUGUUCCUCGUGCACUGGCCCAUUGCCGCCGAGAAGGACGGACAGGACAAGCCCAAGAUCGGUCCAGAUGGCAAGUAUGUGAUCCUCAAGGAACUCACCGAGAACCCCGAGCCCACGUGGCGCGCCAUGGAGAAGAUCUACGAGGACGGCAAAGCUCGCUCGAUUGGAGUGUCCAACUGGACCAUUGAGGGUCUGGAUAAGCUCCUCAAGUUCGCCAAGGUGAAGCCUCAUCUCAACCAGAUUGAAAUCCAUCCCUUCCUUCCCAACAGUGACCUGGUGGAGUACUGCUUCAAGCAGGGUAUCAUGCCCGAGGCGUACUCGCCGCUGGGCUCGCAGAACCAGGUCCCGACGACCGGCGAGCGGGUCAGCGAGAACAAGUCCCUGAACGAGAUCGCAAGCAAGGGUGGCAAUACCCUGGCGCAGGUGCUGAUUGCCUGGGGUCUGCGUCGCGGCUACGUGGUGCUGCCUAAGAGCUCCAACCCGGCUCGCAUUGACUCCAAUUUCAAGAGCAUCACUCUGUCGGAUGCCGACUUCGAGGCCGUCAACAAGGUCGCCGAGGGUCGUCACUUCCGAUUUGUCAACAUGAAGGAUACCUUUGGAUAUGAUGUGUGGCCAGAGGAGACUGCCAAGCAGAUCUCGGCUUAA